AUGACAACUGACGAAAAGAAGCAAAGACAGCUGUCCAAAAUAGAUAACAUUGAGAAUCUAGUUAGGCCUUUUACAGAUAAAGAGCGAGAAUUUCUUUCAUCAGCAACAUUUAUUGAAUACCAAUUAUUUAAAGUUUAUCAUGUUAAUCCAUAUGAUUACAAAGCAUACAACAAGGCAUUGGAAUCGAUACAGACUGUUUACGAUAAAGUUAUUGAAGAAAUUGCUGAUUACAAAAAGAAACAAGCUGAUCAUUGCCGCAAAGUUUCUCGAUUAAGAAAGAAAGAAGUAAUGUACAGAGCUCAGUUUAAUGAUAUUUCAAGAAAUCAAAAAUAUCUUUGGAAAUCAUUAAGAUGUCAUCAUAAAAUCAAAAAGCUUGAGCAAUAUUCGAAUCUUAUCGAUGACGUAAUACUACAUCUAAUCAUGGCUCAGAAAUUUAUUGAUGACAUGCAACAAUUACAUCUUGUUUUUAAUAUCGAAUUUCAGAGGAAAAUUAUCAGAGAAAUAUUACAUGCAUUCAAGCUUGAUACAAAGCUUGUUCAAAUCAAAUCGCAUCUCAAGAAAAUCAGAAGAAGAAUACGAUCAUGCAAAGAUCCAAAUCGUGCCUGGUAUAUGGAUCAUGAAAAAGGAAUUUAUGGAUUUUCUGGAAAAUUUUAUGAUCCAAAGCAAUCAUUUUAUCCAAUUAGUGAGGCAGAUCAUUUAUUUGAAGAAUAUUUCACACUUUACAAAAAUGAUGAUGGACUUGCCAAAUUUUACAAAGGAAUGGAAUUAAUUCUGAACAAUCCGAGUGUUUCAGGACAAGUUUUAUUUGAGAUUUCCGAAUUCUUUGCUGACAAGGCCAUUAAGAAAGAUGAAAAGGCUAAAGAAAUCUUUUUCAUCCUUCUUUCUCGCCAAAUGUUUGGAAAAUUAUACCCAAAGAUUUUCAAACCGAUGUCAGAUGAAGAAAGUAAAGAAAUCGCCUCAAGAAUACAGUUUUUCAGGAACUACUCCAUGGAUGUUUUCAUUGCAAAUAAGAAAAUGUUCCCGAAUUUACUGAUUUCGAUUCCAAUUUCAACGAUUGGAAACGACAACCCUUAUUCGACAGUCAUUUUCCAUCUGGAAGAUCUUCAAUAUCAAUACAACCCAAUCGAUUUUUGCUACUUAACACUUCAAAUCAUCGAUAGACUCCAAGAAACGGCAUGCAUGAUCGAAAGAGAUCUUGAAGAGCGUACAUCAGGCAAGCUCACUGCUUUAUCCGAUCAUUUGCUUUGUGUGGAUGAUAUCAUUGACGUUUUAGUUGUUUUACUUCUUAUCUCGCAGCAGAUUGAGAUAGGACAUCUUAUCUCAUUGUAUGAGCCAUACGUAAAUGCACUCAUGCUCCCACAAAAGUUUUCAUUUUCUUUCUUGACUCUCAGCACAGCUUGGAAGAAAAUCGCCACUACAAACGUUGAGGAUUUCAAGGUGCAAGCCAAAUGCAUUGUAUCACAAUCUCUUGAUGUUGAGCCUCUUGGAAUCGAAAAAAGUGCUGAAAAAAAAUCGAAUUGA